CUUUGGGAAUGACAGGAGUGCUGCAGGAUUCGCAAAGAAGGGGAAGUGUCGCCCUUGUUGGUCCUGUUUGGAUUACUUUGACUUCUUUUUACACGCAGCUCUCUGGAUUCAACACCUCCCUGCAGAUAGCGCGGCCUCGGCACAUUCCCCAGCCAUGUCGGAGGACCUGAGCUCCCAACCCUGGUCCAUCAACAAAGAUGACUAUGAGCUACACGAGGUGAUUGGGAGUGGGGCCACAGCGGUGGUCCAGGCGGCCUACUGUAUACCACGCAAGGAGAAGGUGGCCAUCAAACGCAUCAACCUAGAAAAGUGCCAGACCAAUAUGGACGAGCUCCUGAAAGAGAUUCAGGCCAUGAGCCAGUGCCACCACCCCAACAUCGUGUCUUACUACACCUCCUUCGUGGUGAAGGACGAGCUGUGGCUGGUCAUGAAGCUGCUCAGUGGAGGCUCCGUGCUGGAUGUGAUCAAGCAUAUCAUCUCACGAGGCGAGCACAAGACGGGCGUCCUGGACGAGGCCAGCAUAGCCACCGUGUUGAAAGACGUGCUGGAGGGCCUGGAGUACCUACACAAGAACGGGCAGAUCCACAGAGAUCUGAAGGCUGGAAAUAUUCUCCUCGGGGACGAUGGUUCAGUGCAAAUUGCAGACUUUGGCGUCAGUGCCUUUCUAGCUACAGGUGGUGACAUGACUCGGAAUAAAGUACGCAAGACCUUUGUGGGAACACCGUGCUGGAUGGCCCCAGAGGUCAUGGAGCAGGUGAGGGGUUAUGAUUUCAAAGCGGAUAUUUGGAGCUUUGGGAUCACGGCCAUCGAACUGGCAACGGGAGCCGCACCUUAUCACAAAUACCCACCAAUGAAGGUUUUGAUGCUGACGCUCCAGAACGAUCCGCCGUCUCUGGAGACCGGCAUCACAGACAAGGAGAUGGUGAAGAAAUACGGCAAAUCCUUCAAGAAGAUGAUCUCCCUGUGUCUACAAAAGGACCCGGAGAAAAGGCCAACGUCUUCAGAGCUGUUGAAGCAUAAAUUCUUUCAGAAAGCAAAGAACCAUGAGUAUUUACACGAGAAGUUACUUCAGAGGGCGCCCACAAUAACAGAGAGGUCGAGAAAGGUGCGUCGGGUGCCGGGUUCAAGCGGCCGGUUGCACAAAACGGAAGACGGCGAGUGGGAAUGGAGCGACGACGAGCUGGAUGAGGAAAGCGAGGAAGGCAAAGCGGCCGUCGCCGCCCUCAGGGAGCAGCAGGGGAAGCCUGUUAGCGCCCCGAGGCGACAAGUGCGCUUCUCCCUCCCACUCGAGCUGCCUUCGUCCAGGUCACCCAGAGUGAAGGAGGGACCACAGAAUUCAGAGGUUUUCCAGACUCCUGAACCUUUAAGCAGUCAACUGCAGCCGACAGCUGCCGGUCAGGCUGAACUACCUCAGGCCUCAGGCCAGCUCCUCCUGCAGCCCACGCCGGCCGGCGCUCAGCCCGCCGCCCAGGCUGCGUCCCCGACACCCGGCGCGCCUCUUCCUCCCCCCGCUGCCGCUGCUGCUCCCACUGCGAUUCCGGCCGCCUCCUGCGACGUUCAGGCUCCCAUAAACCUGGUAUUAAGGUUAAGAAAUUUAAAGAAGGAGCUGAACGACAUCCGCUUUGAAUUCAUGCCAGGGAGAGACACAGCGGACGGCGUGUCCCAGGAGCUGGUCUCUGCAGGCCUGGUGGACGGGAGGGACUUAGUAAUAGUUGCUGCAAAUUUGCAGAAAAUCGUUGAUGGACCUCAGCUCGGUAAAAGUGUCACUUUUAAACUGGCUUCGGGAAUCGAGGCAUCCGAAAUACCAGACGACGUGAAGCUGAUGGGCUUUGCUCAGCUCAGCAUCAGUCCUCCGUAAACCGUUGUUCUACCUGGGACCGUGACUUGCCUAAAAAAUGUGAAAACUGAAAAAAAAAAAAAAGAAAAACUAGUUUAAUGCAUUUUUUUUUCUUUCCAUGGCUGUAAAGAAACCACUACUGCCAAAGAAAACAGUACCAUUUUGUCACCCAUAGGAUUAUACAAUGCCGCCUCGCGGUCCGCUGAAGUAUCAGAAACCAACAGUAUGAGAGUGACGGGAGAAAAAACAAAAACGUUUACAGUGUUUAUGUAGAAGGACGCAAGCAUCUACAGCAGACUGUUUGAAUUUGUUUUGUCCCGCUCUGGGCUCCCUCAUUCUGUUCAUUUUCUCUUUAUAAUAUGUGACGCAUUUGCACAAUCUGAACUUAACUCCCUUGAAUAAGUGUAACGAUUGCCUUAUACCCAUCAGAACUACUGAAUGCACGUUGUGAAACGCGUUGUCGGAGGUGCACAGAAUGUGGUUUUGAAGCUGAUGUCAAUACUUUUUACUUUAUCUGGAUUCGGGGGCUGGAAGCAAAAAAAAAAAAAAAUAGAAGAAAUAUUAGCAGCGGAGGAAAUGCCAAAGCAGGAGUAUGAGGUUAGUUUUAGUUCUCUGUAAGCAGGGAAAUUGCACAAAAGAGUGAAGCUAACUUGUUAGCGUACUAUUAUCUCACUGAUAAUAAAGGUUUGAUAGCUUUCCAAAACAUCAAAUAUUGGCACAAACGAUUAGACUCACCAAACGGAUAUUAACUGUUUGUACGAGAUAUUAAAAUUGAAGGAGCGUUCAUGUAGCUGGGAAUUCGAAAGGAAAUUCCCACCUUGCAGUUGGAAUUGUCACAUAAACUGCAGGAAAGAGAAAAACAUUUAAGGUCAAACUUAUGUACAGGAUGUUUUUUUUUUUUUUUUAAAUCCGCAGCUAGUUACAUUGACUAGAUAAAUAAAUUCAUGCUGCUUUUCAGCUUAACUGUGCUGCAGAGUGAGGAAGUGAUCGGCGCCGUAUUGAGAAACGUUCUCUGAGCUUUCAGAAAAGUCCCCAGUUUUCUGAACUCCCACUUCUCAGUGGGAUUUGUUUACGCUACAUUAAAUGUUACACACUUAUUUAAAAAAAGAAGAAAAAAAAAAGGUGUUUUUCAUUUCUGAGGUUACUGAAGUCAAAACGAACCAACGCAGCUUAAAACUCGUCUUUCCUCCAGAUGUGAUUAGAAAGGAGUCGAUGAGUAAAAGGUUUUCGCACCAGCUGGAACCACACGGUGAAUGGAUUUAACUUAUAUUACGCCUUUGUCCUUUUUCCUUUCUUUCUUUUUCUUCAACUGCUUGAGCAGCCGCAAGGCGCUUUUCGUUGAUAACGGCGUUCACGCACCGCUGGAGGCGCUCAGUCCCUCCACUGAGGAGAGUUUGGGGGUCGACCUGCUCUGCCGACUGAGCCACAUUGGCCCCGGUGUGAGCAGGUGUGUGUGUGUGUGUGUGUGUGUGAGACGGAGUUUCAGAUGUUCCUAAAGGAAAAGGACUUCAGUGCGUCUCUGUUUAUGUGGAUGAAACAUCAGUACUUGAUUUAACCUCUAGUGUGUAAAUAAGGACACUUGGCUUUGAUUUGUUUUUAUACAGGGUGUUUCACUUUAGGCCUUUUUUUUUUUUUUUUUUUUUUUCCUGACACGAUUGUGAGUCGCCUCGCCGCGUGAAGAGAGACGGCGGCGGCGACGACUCUGCAGACUCUAGCUUUGAACCCCCUCGUUUCGCCGACACGCUCGACGCUCAUUUACCGUUUUUAAUGAUCCCCGGUCUUCAUCUGUUGCCUUUGAAGCGUUCAGAUGCGCCACAGCUGUUCCCAUCCACUGAUCAAUCCGUGACCCCCUCCAAAUUCUGAGCUAACGAUCAAUAACAAACUCUCAAAUGACGCCCAGGCGGAGGCUGUUUACACUAGAUUUAGUCUGUAGCCACAUCUGCAGGUGUACAGCUGCUUUCAGCCGCUCAAAAAGAGGACGUUUCAGCCGUGAUUGUAAAACACUUUGAAUGAUCUGAGAUGUACUUCGGGUACGGACGGAGGGAGUCCGCCAUCUUGCCCGUCUGCCGCAUCCUUUCGGUUACGUUUGAUGUGUUCGCGCAUCGACCACGUGGCGAAUCCGAAACGCCGGCGAAGUUUCACUAUUUAAUUUGGUGAUGUGCUAAUGUAGUAACCCUCCAAAUGCCAUACUGAAUGAAAUUAAAUGCAUUGUUUGCUUGCAGAUUAAAUAUUAAGAGGAAAUCUUUGUAUUUUGACUAUAAACAUGUUAAACUUAACUCUCGCCUUAAAUUGAAAAUGACCAAGUGUUUGUUUGUUUUUUGUUUCUUUUCUUUUUUUUUUUGACAUUAUGUCUUGGUUUUGAUUCAGAUUUUCAGUGUCUUUGAAAAUGUAGUUCUUGUUAAAUGAAAUAAAGGUAUACAGGUGUGUGGAGCCACAACACGACGGGCUCUGAGGUUUCCAGUAUUUAGUGCCAUUCUCCUGCUGCUGACUGCAGGUUCAGUGUGUGUGAGAGAGUGUGUGUGUGUCUGAAGUUUUCAUGGGUUUCUCUUCUGUCCUGCUUCUCCUCGGUCUAACGCCGCUGUAGCAACUGAACAAACGGCCAAACGCUCGUCCGUUCAGGCAAUAACCAGCCAGCGCUGUAAUAUAUCUGAAUUUUCCACCUGUUUUUCUUUCUCAUCUGCUCUAUUUUCAAUUUCUUUCUUUCUUUCUUUCUUUCUUUUUUGGAGUUGAAAGCAUGUUUCUGUCAAUUAUUUUUAAUCAAUAAAGAAUGAGCAUAUCGGC